AUGGCUGCGCCAAUUUCCACGGUCGCGGAGACCAAGGAGCUCCGGGGACUGAACCUCAUCGCUGCUCAUUCGCAUAUCCGGGGACUUGGUGUCGAUGCCGAUUCUUUACAGCCAAGAACUUCCUCUCAGGGGCUCGUGGGCCAGGAAAAGGCACGGAAGGCUGCGGCUGUAAUUUUGCAGAUGGUUAAAGAGGGCAAGAUCGCUGGACGCGCGGUCUUGAUCGCAGGGCCUCCUAGCACAGGAAAAACAGCUAUCGCAAUGGGUAUGGCCCAAUCGCUCGGGUCAGAUGUUCCUUUUACGAUGCUUGCAUCGUCUGAAAUUUUCUCCAUGGAAAUGUCAAAGACCGAAGCGCUCACGCAGGCUUUCCGGAAAUCCAUCGGUGUUCGUAUUAAGGAGGAGAGUGAAAUUAUCGAGGGUGAAGUCGUGGAGAUCCAGAUUGACCGGAGUGUGACUGGAGGCAACAAACAAGGAAAGCUCACCAUCAAAACUACCGACAUGGAGACAAUAUACGAUAUGGGAACAAAGAUGAUAGACUCGAUGACAAAGGAGAGGGUGAUGGCGGGAGAUGUCAUUUCGAUCGAUAAGUCGUCAGGCAAAAUUACAAAGCUAGGACGUUCCUACGCACGUUCCCGAGACUACGAUGCGAUGGGUGCCGAUACCAAAUUCGUCCAAUGCCCCGAGGGUGAACUUCAGGUUCGCAAGGAAAUCGUACACACAGUGAGCCUUCAUGAAAUUGAUGUUAUCAACUCGCGAUCCCAAGGCUUCCUGGCCCUCUUUUCGGGGGAUACGGGCGAGAUCAGGAGCGAAGUUCGGGAUCAGAUCAACACCAAGGUUGCCGAAUGGAAGGAAGAAGGCAAGGCAGAAAUUAUUCCGGGAGUCUUGUUUAUUGAUGAAGUACACAUGCUUGACAUUGAGUGCUUCUCGUACAUCAACCGUGCAUUGGAGGCUGAGCUUGCCCCCAUUGUUAUCAUGGCCAGCAACCGCGGGCACGCUAAAAUCCGUGGGACGACAUACAACUCUCCUCACGGUCUCCCUCUAGAUUUCCUCGACCGCGUUGUUAUCGUCAGCACGCAACCUUACUCGGCCGAUGAAAUCAGACAGAUUUUGGCUAUCCGGGCGCAGGAGGAAGAGAUCGACCUUUCGCCAGACGCUCUGGCUCUUCUGACUAAAAUCGGCCAGGAGUCCAACCUCAGAUAUGCCAGUAAUAUCAUCACCACCUCCCACCUUCUGAGCCAGAAGCGCAAGGCCAAGGAAGUUAGCAUCGACGAUAUCCAGCGCAGCUUCAAAUUGUUCUAUGACCCCAUUCGGAGCGCAAAGUUUGUUAAUGCUUACGAGCAACGCUUCAUCGGUGACCAAGGAACUGUGAAUUUCUCUGCUCCCACCAACGGUGAUGCCAUGGAGAUUUCUUAG